AUGCCCAAACGACCAAGAAGCCAUGAUGAAGAUGAUACAGCAGAAGAUGUCCAGGCCGAACAUGUGGAAAUGACACCAUCCAAGAGGAGGAUGAUCGACGCAGAGACACCGUCACGACACACCAACGCAGACACGCCCUCGAAACAGCGUUCCAUCCUCAAAUCCAACCUCAAGCAGGAAGGAACUCCUCGAUCUCUACGAAAAGUCCUCUUCUCUACCCCAGCUAAACCUGGCGAUUACGACACUCAAGAUGCGCCGACCAAGGACUCCCNNCCCUUGACGGCCGCUCUCAAUGCAGAUCGUUCUGCCAGGCGCAAGAGCCACAAGAUCCUGUUCGACCCUCAAGAUCAAGACGAGUCUGCCGUAGACGACACCGGCCUGGAAGAUGCACUUGCUCGUGAGAUCCUGGAUGACGCCGUUGAGUCGGGUCAAGAUAUGCCAGACGACGACAACAUCACCGCUAUUCCAGGUACUCCCUCGAAGACUCCCAGGCCGAGAGGACGACCGAAGGGCAAGAAGAGGCAGCCGUCUCCCACACCACAGGACAUGCCAUCACAUGAGCUGUACUUCUUCCAGAACAGGCCAGGAGGUGUCAAGACGUCAACAAAUAUUCUGCCGAGUAACGCUCUUCUCAACCAUGACGACUACUUUGCUGUGAUCAAUGCAUACAACGACCCGCACGCUGCAGAUAAACAGUUUUUGGCUGGGUUACAUGAGUAUGGUUUCGGUCAGUGGUGGUUCGAACUCCAACAAGGCUUCAAUAUUUGCAUCUACGGCUACGGCUCUAAACGUGAACUUCUUCUCGAUUUUGCAGACCAUCUCUACCAAGCUUCAGAUAAAAGGCCCAACCUCAUUGUCGUCAAUGGCUACUCACCCAACAUAUCGGUCAGAGACGUUCUGACCACCAUCGCAAAACACUCUCUACCUGCUUCAGUAGCCAGCAAGCUUCCUCUUCAGCCUCAGGCUCUCCUGGACGCUCUCCUCUCCGCGCUAACAGCAAAUCCGCCUGCCUCGCCCAUAUAUAUACUUGUCCAUUCCAUCGACAGCCCGUUCUUCCGAAAACCACUUUUCCAAUCCACCAUCUCGGCUCUAGCCGCCCAUCNNCCUCAUAUCUGUCUGGUUGCAUCAGCAGAUACACCGACCUUCCCUCUACUCUGGGACAUAUCACAACGCUCUUCGCUCCGUUUCCUAUUCCACGACACUACGACUUUUGCACCUUACACUGCAGAACUCGACCCUGUAGAAGAGGUCAACAUCUUGCUCAAUCGCAGUGGUCGCCGGAUAGGUGGAAAGGAUGGUGUGGCAUAUGUCUUGCGCUCACUACCCGAGAAUGCGAGAAACUUGUUCCGCAUCUUGGUCGCAGAACAAUUGGCCCUAGCCGACACCACCUUUGAGGCACAUCCCGACUCCUCAGAUUCAGAAAGUAUCCUGGGUCACUCGGAUGAUGACAUGGAUGUGGACCACGGAAAUGUCACAAAGCCCACCCGUGGCCGAGGCCGUCCGCCAAAGAAGGCGCCAACUCCCAAAGUCAAGAAACACAAGACUUCGGCGUUUGUGGGUGUCGAGUACAGGACGUUAUAUCACAAGGCUGUUGAAGAGUUCGUUUGUUCGUCAGAGAUGAGUUUCAGGACUCUGCUCAAAGAGUUUCAUGAUCACGAUAUUGUGGAGAGCAAGAAAGACGGUUUGGGUGUUGAAAGGUUGGCUGUGCCUUUUGGAAGAGAGGAUCUUGAGGACAUGUUGCAGGAGUUGGUAUGA